GUGACUACGCUCUUUUGAGCCUAAAACAAAUGGAAUAGAGUCAAUUGUAGCGCUGUGAUCUAGAGAUACAAGCUAAUUUUGUUACGCCUACUAUCUUAUUUUCUGUCUAUCGUUUUCUGAAAAUCUCGAGUUCAUAACGAUAAACGUCAGGUUGAAGAGUGCUGCGUGGGCGGAACGUAUACUCUCGAGUGUUUUGACAAAUUUAAUACAAAUAUUGAUAAACAAAAUUACAGUGUAAAUUAAAGAAUCUUUUUAAUUAAAUUAUCAUCAAAUAAUUAGGGACCAAAAAAGUGUUUGGUUGGACGUUAGUAACAAUUUUUUUUUCAAGUUUCAAGUUAAAUUGUUGAGUGAAAACGAAUAUUUCUUUUAUUGCGAAAUAUGUUGAACAACAGUGGUAGAGCUCGGGUGCCAAAAUGUGCACGCUGUCGCAAUCACGGGCUUAUUUCAAGCUUACGGGGUCACAAAAAAGCAUGUGCCUACCGUCACUGUCAAUGUCCUAAAUGUGGGCUAAUUAAGGAAAGGCAACGAAUCAUGGCUGCACAGGUGGCAUUAAAGAGACAACAGGCUGCCGAAGAUAAAAUAGCCCUACACUUGGCCUCAGUUGAGACCGGUACUCCUCUAGAAAGCUUGCCUCCAGGCCGCAUCUAUGGGAUGAGAGUGACUGACCCCAGCCCUAGUCCUGGUCCGGAACCAGAUUCAGCUGCUGAUGAUCAAAUCCCGAUUCAUAUAGACAGCGAAACCAGCGAUUCUCUUCCAGACUGCAGCAAUGUUUCACCCGAUUCAGUAGGAAAUUCCUCAGGGGUUUCCCAAUUACGGUCAGGACAAGAUGAGUCUACAGUUGAAGCUGAAGGCGCCGUGAGCACAGCGGGUCUGGAAAUGUUACGCAAACUGUUUCCCGGGAAGAAGCGUUCGGUGUUGGAGCUAGUUUUACGCCGCUGCAACCACGAUCUGCUACGUGCUGUUGAACAUUUUAACGCAACACAUGGUCGAGAUAAAAUUCCGGAGAGUACUACAGGAUUAGGAUUCGAAGCUUCUGUGUCAAGUUCUGAAGAUCCAGAGUCUCGAUGGUCAGCCUUCAGGCCGGUCAGUAGGCGUGCACCACUUCUCCCAGCUUUAGUGAUGGGACGGGUUUACGGUUCAGAGUGGUUGGUUCCACUACCAGCUUUACCAACUUUGUCGACUCCGCUACUCCUACCGCUGCAGCAUCAACACGUCCCACCAGCGUCCUGCAACCCUUGUGCGCCUGACUGCCGACAGUGCAAUAAUCAUCAUUAAAUGAAAUAGGCAACCGCCUGAACUCAUAGCAACUAAUACUAAUAAUUAUAAUAAUUUAUCGAAGUCGUCAUUAUUAACUUUAUUUCAAUGCUUUUUAUGUCAGUGAUUGUUAUUAAAUUACUUCAUUUACUGGAUA